GACGCAAAAUUACUAAGCCGUAGAUAAUAUUGUCGAUUACGUAUAUAAGUCAUAAGGUUUCAUCUGUCUGCGUCAGUAAUGCGGCAGCAGUGCAAUAUAUCGUACGUGUUCCUCGCGGCGACUGUUUUAAAACAAUUUGUCACUGAUAAGAAUAAUAACUGAUUCAUUGUCGAAAUUAUCAUAUAGUGCGGUUCCAAAAAGUAAGAUAGUAUUAGUAUGCAUCGUUAUAUUUCUUGAACAAUAGAAAGUAUUAAAACAGAUAUUUCACGAAUUACUUUUUAUGUUUCUCAAGAAGACAAGUUGGGAUACUUAAAAUCUAUGGACUACCUGGCGUAGACAGGCUAUUUUACUAGUUGGAUAAUAAAAUGGCAAAAGUAUAUAAUACAAUUUAUAAAAUCGAUGACAUUAUGAAAUCUUAACAAGAAUUAUCUCCAAAGAAAAGAUAUUACAUAAUUAAUACCUGAAAGAAUCAAGGAAGACGAAACGAAGUUUGACACCAUUUGACAUUAUUCAGUAAACGAUGAUUGUUGGCGUACUACUAUCAUGUGCUGUUACUGCAUUUUUAUAUUAUUACGUUAUUCAUCUUGCAAGAUUCAGGUAUCUUCUCAAUCGUAUUCCGGGACCACGAAUGUUGCCAAUUUUCGGUGAUAUUUUCGAAGUACUACUUAAUCCUUCACAAGAAGCUAUAUGGGACAUUAUUGCGUUACGCGCUAAUAUGUAUCGUGCAAUUUAUAAAGGUUGGUACUUCAUCAUCGGUUGGGUCGUCAUUCUGAAUCCGCACGACAUCCAGACGAUACUGAGCAGUACAAAAUAUAACACGAAAGGUAUCGUGUACAAAUUUCUUCGUCCAUGGUUAAGAGACGGUCUCCUCGUUAGUAAAGGAGCAAAAUGGCAAGAAAGGAGAAAGAUACUAACGCCUGCAUUCCAUUUUAAUAUAAUAAAACAAUUUUUUGAUACUAUGGUCGAGGAAAGCAAUCGUAUGACAAACUCAUUGAAAGAUAUGGAAAAUUCAACUGUUCAGGAUUUACGGUCUUUUAUUAGCUACCAUACUUUGAAUAUAAUAUGUGAGACUUCUAUGGGCACUUCUUUGCGAAACAUGGACGUAGCUGAACAAGAACGCUACCACAAGACAAUCUAUGAUCUCACUGAAAUAUUAAUUUACAAAUAUAUACAUCUGUGGUAUCAUAGCGAUAUAAUAUUCUGGUUCUCAUCAAAAUAUAAAGAACAAGUUAAAUGUUUGAAAAUAUUACACGGUUUUACGGAAAAAAUUAUUGCGGAAAGGAAACAAUAUCAUGAAUCGACGGGAGGACGAUAUCUAAAUUUUGAAAAUGAGAUAGAAGAUAAUGAUAUGAUAGGGAGCCGAAAGAAGCGUCUUGCCAUGUUGGAUCUCAUGAUAGCAGCGUCCAAUAAUAACCAACUGAGCGAUUCGGACAUCAGAGAAGAAGUUGACACAUUCGUGUUUGAAGGUCAUGAUACCGUAUCAGCGGCUCUGACCUUCGCUAUAUUACUGUUAGCCGAACAUAAGGAUGUGCAGGAUCGUGUUAGAAAUGAAGUCAAUGAUGUAAUGGACGAAAACGGAGGAAAACUUACUAUGACAGCAUUACAGAAUCUGCCCUAUCUAGAGAGGUGUUUGAAGGAAACGAUGAGAUUGUAUCCUAGCGUUUAUUUGAUAACACGAAAGUUACAGGAAGACGUAAUGCUACAAUCAUAUCUGGUGCCUGCUGGAGCAGACGUGGUUAUUGACAUUAUACAUCUUCACAAAAAUCCUGAUUUCUGGCCAAAUCCAGAGGUAUUCGAUCCAGAUAGAUUUUUGCCAGAGCAUGUACAAGAGCGUCAUCCUUUCGCUUAUAUACCGUUUAGCGCUGGUUCGCGGAACUGCAUAGGUCAACGAUUCGCCAUGAUGGAGCUGAAAACUGUAAUUGGUAUCUUGGUGCACAACUUUUACUUGGAGCCCAUCGAUCACUUGAAAGACGUUCGAUUUUUAAUGGAUAUAAUUAUUCACCCGAAACAACCGAUGCGCGUAAAAUUCGUCCCAAUCGAAGAUGCUCAGGUGUUAUAAGGGAAUACAAUUUAUAUCGGUGUGAAAUCCUUAUACAUGAUGAGAAAUGACGAAUUUAUUAAACGAGCAUUAUUGCAUUACUUUAUCAUUA